AUGCAGAGUUCGUGGAGUGGUAGUGGUAGUGGUAGUAUUUGCCGUAAGACACGGUCCUUGGACAUGGACACCGACCAACACCUACCCACGUACGAUCCCCUCUCCCACGUUGCCCAGAGACACCUCUCUCGUCUCAGAUCAGCACAAAACGCUAUUUCUGUUUCAGAUUAUGGUCAACGCCUGCAUAAAAAAUGGCGGUCUGACUUUCUUGACUUUUCACAAGAUUCGGCAACGAUGAAGAAACCAGACCUGCUUGCAGAAUCGUCUCUUUAUCAGAUUGUGUAUCAAUAG